AUGGAGGGCAAUUGCCCUUAUACAUUACAAGCAAGUGAGUGCAUCAGGAGCAGCAACAAAUGGGAAGAUCUAUGUCAUUGGUAAGCUAUGUUUACUUAGUGUCUGCAUGUGCAGCUCUUGGUCAGCUGUUAAGCCAUUUAAUCCUUUAGAGUAAUAGGAAUCUAAUUUCUCCAAUAGUAUUACCCAUAAAUCGAAUGGUAAGGUUAUAAGAAUGAAGGAAAUGAUCACAAACUCAGGAAGCUCUUGAUUGUUUGACAAGGUCUCCCUGUAGGUACCACAGGAAAUGUAUAAAAAUGGUGUGGAGAACUUGCAUACUGGUGUUAGGAUGUGAGGGGUUAGGAUUGAAGUAUUGUGAGAUGUCAUUUAAAAAUUCAUGCAAUUCAAUGUGAUUUCAUUUCAAUUUUUUAAGGUGGCUGGGAUGGUUCUGUUCAUCUAAACAGUGGUGAGGUGUAUGACCCUGAUAUAGACCGGUGGUCCAUGAUUGAACCUGCUAGCACUGCCAGAUGGGAUGGUGGGAUAGCUGUAGAGAGUGACAAAAUCUACUUUGUUGGGGGAUGUAACAGGAAUGCAUUUUGCACUUUGGAAAUAGAGUGCCAUGACCCUGAGAAAGACAAUUGGAGUAAGGUAGCAUCCCUGCUAGUUGUGAUGCAUGGAAUUCGGUGUUGUACCAUUCAGCUUCCGCACGAGGCAUGCACAGAAGUAGAUAUACAUGAAGGAUAUGAUAUAUUCGUUGAGGCGAAUUGUUAUUUCAGCAAUGACAAUUUGAUUGGCCGGCAGAAAAUGAAUAAUUUUGUUGUAUAAUCAG